GCGUCCUCCUCCCUUGCAGGUGGUGGUGGUGGCAGCUGCGGCCGCAACGGUGAGGUCCGGUAAAGGACAGCAGGGAAGUCUCUGGAACCAGGGUAACCGGGAAACUCGCUGAGUGGCCAGAGGCCCGAGAAAGGCUUUUCCAUCCAGACGUUACCACCAGGCUUCUGCCUCAGGUGUUGGAGCCCCCGUGUCGCCUUUCCGGAAAUAACCAUAAAUUUACUGCCCACUGAGGCUCUUUGCCGCAGACCCACUGAAUGCCCAACGCUGUGCCUAGUUGCUUCGAUUCUUGCAACAGCUCUGCAAGGUCGGCCCAUGGCUGUUGCACAUGGUUCAAAUGGAACUUCCUAUUUGCUACCUGCAGACAAGGAGGACUGGGAAGAGCAAGACAUUCCUGACUUUGUCUAUGGACAGAAGGAACUCGUGUGGGAAGGGGUUCAGUGGCUGAGGAAUGUGCCCAGCCGCCCAGAUGUGGACACGCUGCCUCUCUCUCGUUUUGACUCUGCACUCUGCUCAGCCUGGAAGCAGCGGAUGGAGCUGGGUCUGUUCCGCUACUGCUUGGGGGAACUGCAGACCCAAACCCUCCCUGGAUCCAUGGGUUUUGUGGCUCAGCUGAAUGUAGAGCGAGGGGUGCAAAGGAGGUGCCCCCAGAACAUCAGUAGUGUGAGACAGGCAUUUGACCCAGAACAGUUUAAUUUCAACAAAAUCCGGCCAGGAGAGGUCCUCUUCCGGUUGUGCAGGGAGCCCGAUCUCCCAGGUGUAGUUCUCCAGCAAGAGAAUAUCCUUGUGAUGAUCAAUGUCAGCCCCCUGGAGUGGGGCCAUGUGCUGCUGGUGCCAGAUCCCAUUCGGGGACUUCCCCAACGCCUGCUGCCAGGUGCCCUUCGGGCCGGGCUGGAGGCUGUGCUGCUGAGCUCACACCCAGGCUUUCGCGUUGGCUUCAACAGCCUGGGUGGCUUGGCCUCAGUGAACCACCUCCACCUGCAUGGCUAUUACCUGGCUCACAGAUUGCCCGUGGAGGGGGCACCAAGUGAGCUGCUGGACCCUGGGGGCCAUUUGCACAUGCUCCAGGCUGUCCCGGCUCCUGGCUUCCUCUUUUAUACCAGCGGGCCAGGGCCGGACUUGGAAGCCCUAAUAAGCAGGGUAUGUCGAGCUACUGACUAUCUGACUGACCAUGAGAUUGCACAUAACUUGUUUGUGACCCGGGGAGCCCCACCUGGAAAUAAUUUACCUUCCUCAGCCCUCACAGGGGUCCGGGUAAUCCUCUGGCCCCGGAAGUCCAGCUUUGGGAUAAAGGAAAGUGAGGCGUUCAACGUUGCCCUCUGUGAGCUGGCCGGGCACCUCCCUGUCAAAACAUCCCAGGACUUCAGCAGCCUGACAGAGGCAGCUGCGCUGGCCCUCAUUCAAGACUGUCUGUUGCCCCCAGCCCAGGCAGAAGAGGUACGAGCAGCACUGGUGGCCUUGACAGCCCAGGAGGAACAGUAAUUUUUCUGGAAGUAUUUGUUUUUCUAACUGACCUAUGUCCCUUUCAAGAAGCUGCUUACCCUGGCCAGUCAGGCUUAGUGGUUAGAGCGUCAGCCCACAGAUGAAGCAAGCUGCCCAUAACAGUCAUUUGGGCAUUUUCGUGACUGCCUUCUCACUGGUCUCAGCCUAAGAGGAGGGGUCAAGAGUGAUAAAAUCUCUU